CGCUCGGGCGCUCUGAACAAUGAGUGUCGGCGGUGCGCGAGCAGCCCGGAGAAUGUGAACGUGUGAUUUAGCACUAAUGUUCAGCGCUGUGCGAUUCGCCUCGUGUGCUCUUUCAAUGGGCGAAAAACCGUAAACAUGUGGAUACCGACGGAACAUGAGAAAUUCGGAGUGGUGCUGGCCAGUUUUCGGGGGACGGUAAAAUACGGCUUGCCUCUGGAGAUCGGCGACACGGUGCAGAUCCUGGAGAAAUGUGAAGGCUGGUACAGAGGCUUCGUUAUCAAGAACCCGAAUGCCAAGGGGAUUUUCCCAUGCACCUACAUUCAUUUGAAAAAUGCUCAAAUCAAGAACAAGGGGCAGUUUGAGACCGUGGUGCCCACAGAAGACACGGUCAUUACAGAGAUGACCUCUACAUUGCGAGAAUGGGGAACCAUUUGGAAGCAGCUUUAUGUGAAGAACGAAGGUGAUCUGUUCCACAGGCUGUGGCAUGUGAUGAAUGAGAUCCUGGAUCUGCGGCGUCAGGUUCUGGUCGGUCACUUGACCCACGACCGCAUGAAGGACGUCAAACAACACAUCACUGCACGUCUGGAUUGGGGCAAUGAGCAGUUGUCUCUGGACCUGGUCCCCAGGAUAGAGUUCAGCAUGGUGGACCCUGAUGACAUCAGCGUCACUGAGCUGUACAGACUGAUGGAACAUCGGCACCGGAAAAAGGACACGCCGGCCCCAGCCAGCACACAUCACCUGUUCGUGCACAUGAAGAGUCUGAUGAGCUCAAACCUGGGCGAGGAGCUGGAAGUUUUUUUCUACAUCUACGACAGCAGAGAGAAUCGACCGCUCAGUGAAAGGUUCUUUGUGAAGCUGAAUAAGAACGGAGUGCCCAAGUCUCCAGAGAAGACAGAGACACACUGUACCCUUUUUGUGGACUUGGGGAGCAGUGACCUGAGAAAAGAUGUGUAUAUUGUUGUGCACAUCAUUAGAAUAGGGAGGAUGGGUGCCGGUGAGAAGAAAAACACAUGCAGCGUGCAGUACAGGCGUCCAUUUGGCUGUGCUGUGUUCAGCAUCGCAGAUCUACUCACUGCUGACACUAAAGAUGACCAGGUCCUUAAAGUCUAUGCAUGUAACACUGAGAGUGAUUCCAGUCAAAUCCACGACAACAUCAUAAAGAAAGCGAACUCCAGAUAUAACCUGUCAGGAUCCAACACGGGCCUAGCAGUGACUCUCCAGUUACUCCAUGGGGACAUCGAGCAGUUGCGGCGGGAGUACAUGGCCAUUUUCUCUCGGGGUGUGUCCAUCACCAGGAAACUGGGCUUCUCUGACAUCAUCAUGCCAGGAGAGAUGAGGAACGAUCUGUAUAUCACACUGGAGAAAGGAGAGUUUGAGAAGGGCGGGAAGACAGUGGCCAGAAAUGUGGAAGUCACCGUUUGUUCACUGGAUGCCAACGGGCAGAUUCUCAGGGGCUGUGUUACAGCAGGUUCAGGGGAACCGGGGGCUGAUGAGUACCAAUCCUUUGUGCUGUACCACAACAACAGCCCACGCUGGGCUGAGCAGAUUAAGCUGCCCAUCCCUGUUGACAUGUUCCGUGGCUCUCAUGUCCGUUUCGAGUUUCGCCACUGUUCCACAAAGGACAAGGGGGAGAAGAAGCUGUUUGGCUUCUCAUUUGUCCCUUUAAUGCAGGAAGAUGGACGAACUUUGCCUGAUGGCACCCAUGAGCUCAUUGUCUAUAAGUGUGAGGAGAAUGCUAAUCUUCAGGACUGUGCUCGCUACCUCAAUCUGCCUGUCUUCAAAACCAACCUGCAGGGCAACAAUCAAGCUGUGAAAAGCAGCAAAGAGUCCUUUUGGAUCACCUCAUUCCUCUGUUCCACCAAACUCACUCAAAAUGGUGAAAUGCUGGACUUGCUGAAAUGGAGGAUGCACCCUGAGAGGAUCAGUGACAGCCUUUCCAAACUGAAGGAGAUUGAUGGGUCUGAAAUAGUUAAGUUCUUACAGGAUACACUGGACACGCUCUUUGGAAUAUUGGAUGAGAACCCACAGAGAUACGGCCUCAAAGUCUUUGAUUCCCUUGUGCACAUUAUAAACUUACUCCAGGACAGCAAGUUCCAGCACUUUAAACCCGUCAUGGACACCUACAUUGAGGGCCACUUUGCAGGAGCUUUGUCAUACAGGGAUCUGAUUAAGGUGCUGAAGUGGUAUGUGGACCGCAUCAUUGAAGCCGAACACCAGGACCACAUCCAGCGUGUACUCAAGGCAACAGAGUACAUCUUUAAAUACAUUAUCCAAUCUCGGAGGCUGUUUGCACUCGCCACAGGGGGCCAGAAUGAUGAAGAGUUUCGCUGCUGUAUGCACGAACUCUUCAUGUCCAUUCGCUUCUUCUUGUCGCAGGAGAACAAAGGGUCCGGCCCUAUCACACACACACAGAAGAUUGGCACAAUGCCAACUCUGCUCAUCACCCAAACACCUCUAUGCACACAGCUUCCUGUGAAGGCAGUGUUUUUACAGGCAUUUCCUGCAGUCUAUGGGGAGCUGCUGAAGCUAUUCACGGUCAGAGAGGUGGCCUCAUUCGUACGGGAGACACUGGGGAGUCUUCCAGACACCUCACAGUCAGACUGCCCCCUAGAAACUGUCAAAUUACAGUGCAUUUCCAAAACUGUGGAGAGCCAACUCUACACAAAUCCAGAAUCGAGGUGUAUCCUGCUUCCUGUGGUUCUGCACUUGCUACAAACUCACCUGCAGGAGCAGCGGGAUCUGGUGAUGUGUGCACAAAUACUCACCAGCAUGCUGUCCAUCAUAAAGAGAUACGAUACGGAGCCAGCCAUGUCUGAAGAAGUGGAUCUGAUAGUGGAGAGCUUGCUGAGCGUAUUAUUGAGGACCAUACUGGAGAUUUCCAAUCGUCCCCAAACCCCAGCAUCGACCAUGCGUCCUCAGAGUCAGGAUGUCACGGGGGAGUUUGUAUCGUGUCUCUUGGCUCUCCUGAAGCAGAUGGGAGAUCAUCACUUCCAGAAGCAUCUGCAGCGUUUCACCAGUAAAGAUGAGCUGAGGGAUUUCCUCCUGCAGAUUUUCACAGUGUUCCGGAUCCUGAUCCGGCCCGAGAUGUUUCCCAAAGACUGGACGGUCAUGCGGCUUGUCACUAAUAACGUCAUCAUCACAACGGUGCUCUACCUGUCAGAUGCUCUGAGGAAAAACUUUCUCAAUGACAGGUUUGAUUACAAGGUCUGGGACUCGUACUUUUAUCUAUCUGUCAUGUUCAUUAACCAGCCCUGCCUCCAGCUUGAGACCUUCUCUUCUUCAAAACGCAAGAAAAUUCUAGAGAAGUAUGGAGAUAUGAGGGUGAUGAUGGGUUGUGAAAUCUUCAGUAUGUGGCAGAAUCUAGGAGAACACAAAUUAAACUUCAUCCCUGCUAUGAUCGGCCCAUUUCUCGAGGUGACGCUGGUUCCUCAGCCGGAUCUGAGGAACGUGAUGAUCCCCAUCUUUCACGAUAUGAUGGACUGGGAACAGCGGCGUAGCGGCAACUUUAAACAGGUGGAGGCCAAACUUAUAGACAAACUCGACAGCCUGAUGUCAGAGGGAAAGGGCGAUGAAACUUACAGAGAGCUCUUCAACAGCAUUCUUUUGAAGAAGAUCGAGAGAGAGACGUGGAGAGAGAGCGGAAUCUCAUUAAUUGCGACUGUAACACGUCUAAUGGAGAGACUGCUCGAUUACAGGGACUGUAUGAAACUUGGAGAAGUGGAUGGAAAGAAGAUUGGCUGUACUGUCAGUCUGUUGAACUUCUAUAAAACAGAGCUGAAUAAGGAGGAGAUGUAUAUCCGCUACAUCCACAAGCUAUAUGACCUGCACUUGAAAGCACAGAACUACACAGAGGCUUCUUACACACUGCUGCUGUACGAUGAGUUGCUGGAGUGGUCAGAAAGGCCACUGAGGGAGUUUCUGAAUUACCCUAUGCAGAGCGAGUGGCAGAGGAAAGAGUACCUGCACCUCACCAUCAUCCAGAACUUUGACCGUGGCAAGUGUUGGGAGAACGGCAUCCUCCUGUGUCGAGAGUUGGCCGAUCAGUACGAAGCGUACUAUGAUUACAGGAACUUGAGCAAAAUGAAGAUGAUGGAGGCCUCGUUGUAUGAUAAAAUAAUGGACCAGCAGAGACUGGAGCCUGAGUUCUUUCGAGUGGGCUUCUACGGGAAGAAGUUUCCUUUCUUUCUACGGAAUAAGGAGUUUGUAUGUCGUGGUCACGACUAUGAGCGUCUAGAAGCCUUCCAGCAGCGCAUGCUUAACGAAUUCCCUCAUGCCAUCGCCAUGCAACAUGCCAACCAGCCUGACCAGACCAUCUACCAGGCUGAGGCCCAGUACCUACAAAUCUACGCAGUGACUCCAAUCCCAGACAGCCAGGACGUCCUCCAGAGGGAUGGUGUUCCGGACAACAUCAAGAGUUUCUACAAAGUCAACAACAUCUGGCGCUUCCGCUAUGACCGCCCCUUCCACAAGGGCACCAAAGACAAGGAGAACGAGUUUAAGAGUCUGUGGGUGGAGAGGACAACAAUGACCCUAGUGCAGAGUCUCCCAGGGAUUUCCCGCUGGUUUGAAGUGGACAAGAGAGAUCUGGUGGAGGUGAGCCCGCUGGAGAACGCCAUCGAGGUGAUUGAAAACAAGAACCUGCAGCUGCGUACACUCAUCACGCAGUGCCAGACACGCCAGAUGCAGAACAUCAACCCGCUCACCAUGUGCUUAAACGGCGUGAUCGACGCUGCUGUGAAUGGAGGCCUUGCUCGCUAUCAGGAGGCAUUCUUUGUGAAAGACUACAUGAUGAAUCACCCAGAGGACGGAGAUAAGAUUGGACGCCUCAGAGAGCUCAUGUUUGAACAGGCACAAAUACUCGAGUUUGGCCUGACUGUCCAUGAGAAGUUUGUUCCACAGGAUAUGCGGCCGCUGCAUAAGAAAUUGGUGGAUCAGUUCCAUCUCAUGAAAUCUAGCUUAGGGAUUCAGGAGCUCCCAGCGUACAUGAGGGCCAGUCCGAUCCAUUUUCCCAACGGAAGCCCACGGGUCGGUCGAAACUCAAUGCCCAACAUCUUGAAUAUAGAGGGAGGACGCGUGGUGGCCCGCCGCAGUCCACUCAGCUAUCCAGCAGUGAACCGGUACUCUUCGUCCUCUCUGUCAUCGCAAGCCUCCAAUGAAGUGAGCAACAUCACCGGGCAGUCAGAAAGCUCAGACGAAGUCUUCAACAUGCAGCCUAGCCCAUCUACCUCGAGUCUCAGCUCCAACCACUCAGCCUCUCCAAACGUGACCAGCUCAGCCCCUUCCAGUGCCCGAGGUUCCCCUCAGUUGUCAGAGAAACACAAACAUGUCAGAGAGAACCCCUGCCUCUCACCAAGAGAGAGACCCUGCAGUGCUGUAUUUCCCAAUCCACUUGAUCCCACACUGAGGACGAUCCCACAUCCGGCAGGUGAUGCAUCUCUGCCUCGCAGCGAUCCCAACAUCUCCAUUCCAGACAAAGUGGUCAAGCCUGCCCCAAGCAGCUGGAGUCUUGACACAACAUUCUCUGACUCUGUCGGAAAGCAGUUUUGCCCCCCUGUCCCUCCUAGGCCUCCAUACUCAGGUUCCCCUGCUAAAAGUAUGAGAUCCCAGUCCCCAGGUCCAGUAUCAAAGUCACCACAAAAGUACUCUGUGCCUUCCUUCACACCAUCGCCCACGGAAUGCCCACCAACAGGACUCGUACCCAACUCCCCAGUGCUUUCUGGCAGCUACAGCAGUGGCAUCUCCUCUCUAAGCCGCUGCAGCGUUUCUGAAGCCUCAGGCACUGAAGCCACGCCCUCUAACGACCAUGCUCUCCCUACCUCUGCCUCUAGUGGUUUGGAUGAUCUUUUUCGGCGAGAGAACAAGACUCCGCCCCCUUACAGCAGCAACCCGCGCCGACCUGUGCCCCUCCCUCACAGCCUUUCCAUUCCAACUAGUGCUGAUGCUCCACCCAUUCCACCAAAACCACGCCAGCUUCGCAGUGUGAAGCCUGUGGAGCCGCUGCCCAGACCACGCCCCCUUCCACGAAAAGUCUCUCAGCUUUAGUGCUGCUGGAUGAAGAUAUCACACACACCACCAAUUGCACUUUGUUUUUUUGGGUUGAUGAACCCAAAUGUUCAAUUUACAAAUUUACAAAACAAACAGACUGAGUAUGUAGGAGUAUAUGGCAGGGCUAUCACUGCUAAUUCCUGCACUUUUCAGCCAUCACAGAUCGAGAUGCUCUUGCUCUGAGUAUCAGGGCAUUUUUACAUUAUGUAAAUACUGAUAUGAAAUGUAUGUUUUGCCUUAAGUAUUGAAACAGAAUAUUUUACCAUUGGGUAAUGCACGUUGUUACGUACAUUUUGAGUACAUUCGGCUUUUCUUUUUUUUUUUUUUUUAAAUGGCUCAGAGGUGCUAAUAACCUCCAUUCGGCUCUUCGUGUAGGCACUAGAUGAUAUCCAUGGCUUUGUUCACACGCACACACACACACACACUUGGACUCAAAAGAGGCUGCUUCCAAACCCUUUUAUUCAGAUUGCAGGAGCGGGUUUUCCAUGAUCUGUAGAUAGAACAGCAUUCCAUGAUCAGUUUAUACAGAACAUUAGUCCAUCACCUAUUUAUUAGGGUGAGGUUUAUGGUUUACAUGCAUGAUUUGGUCAGUAUUCAUAGCUGACCACUUUAGAAUUAAAGGAUGACCAGACCAGUUGAAUGCUUGAGUUUACCAGGUUUUGUGCCAAAGGAACAGGGAAACUGCAUCUAUGCUGAAACAUUCAUGCUAUAUUUCUAUUCUCUUGUUCAAGAUUCACAUUAAGUCUGUUUCAUCAUUUUUAUUUUGAUGGACAGUCAUGUUAAAGUACGACUGGUUAGUCAGCGGCAUAACUGGAUAUGCCAUGACAGGCUGGUACUCAGGUUACACCACUUGAGUAAUAUUUAGGAAAAGAGCUGAAGGCAGAUGCAUCUGCCCGUGGGCAUAGAAGGAGCUAGUCUAAUUACAGUGCAGUGCACAGUAACUGACUUUUUUAUACACGUGCUGAAAUUGAGGGAGUCCUUACAGAAGCGAAGCCCGACAUUCUUCGUAUUCACAUUCAGUUAUGCCAAUUACGUGUACCAUUCGCGAGCUUCACCAAUUUAAAGCGUUGAGAUUUGCCCAAGUUGUUUUGAUUCUCACUUGCAUAAAACUGCCAGUAGGUAUUUAAAGGAACCGGUGGUUGAAAAGUCCCAAACAUAAGACCGCACAGUGGGCUGUGACAAUAUAUCCGAGCAAACAUUAAUUAUAAUGUUACGAGUUUACCAUUUCUAUUUGUACCAGGAUUCUACCCACAGUACAUUGUGUAGUAGCACAUAUAUAAUGUACAGCCUCAUUAAUUGAUGUUUAAGGCAGUGGUUCUCAGACUAGUCCAUACAGUCUCCCAGAUGCUGCACAUUUUAGCCUAUGAAUCAGUUUUAAGCUGUGAAAUAAAAUGGGGAAAAUAAAAAAGGUGUAUGAUGUUCGGGUGAAAUCAUUGAUGUGGUGCGUCCAGAUGCACAGUUACAGUUAACACCCUGAAAUGUAUUUUCUAAGAACAGUUUGCCAGCAAUAUAUAUAUUUUUUUUUAAUUAAAGAAAAUGUCAUCGUUUUUAUCCAUUUACAGUUACUUUUAAUGUCGUGGAGCAUCUGGAAAACAAAUUAGUUCCUGUUAUGAGGUAGAUUAUAGCAGCUAUAAACAGUCCCUCACCCACCUGUCUUUUUUUUUUUUCUCAUGAAGUUAAUAAGACAUAAAAUGCAGCUUGUUAGCAAGAAACAGCCAAUCUGUCCAUCCUGAAGACUUUCCCCUGGCAGAAAACCUAAAGAAAGAGCUUUACCUUCUGUGAGCACUGCAAUAUACACCUGUAAAUAACCUUAUAGCUGCCUCUACUGCUAGCUUUUGACCAAUCAGAUAUCAGGAUUCAGGAGCUCUGUGAUAUAAUUGUAGUCUGUUUUUAGAAAUAUGGUUUUAAAAUUGAACAUUUAAAACUUUUUGCCUCAUAAUUGAUUAAAAUGGCCAUUUGUAUACAUUUGUAUAUUGUUACAGCCCCAUUUAUAAUUUAAUCUAUAUUUUAUCAACCACAUUUUUUUAUAUGGAAACAUUUACAGCAUGAUUUGGACAAUUCUAACAGUCUUGGAGCCUGUUUUGUGGUCUGCAAAUGAACAGGAGUUCAGGCAUCAAUCUGUAAACCUUUAUAAGAAAUAUUGAUCACUUCUCUCUCUGCUACAUUCUUAACUCUGGUUGUUUCUGAUUAUUUUUAAAAUUUAACAAUGUCAUUUUUCAAAUCUGAAAUUGUCGAGAUCUAUGAAUAAACAUCUUCGGAAGAAUCAGUGCUUGGAAAAAAAAUGAUAAAUUAUAUUAAAAUGUUGUUGUAAUUAUGCCAAAUACAAUACCUUCUCUAUUGUACAUAUAAUGUUUUUAAAAGAAAGUGUAGCUAUAACAAAUUUACAGCUUUGAAUGUCGGAACAAAUUAUAAUUAUAAAUGUUAAAUAUUUAUGAAUUUUUUUG